AUGCAUGAUGUGGUUCGUGAGAUGGCUAUGUGGAUAUCAUCUGAUCUUGGGUGUGUCAUCCAAGCUGGUGUAGGUUUACGUGAAGUACCGCACGUGGAAGAUUGGAGUUCUGUGAAAAAGAUGUCACUAAUGCGUAAUAACAUCGAAAAUAUAUCAUCAUCUAUCAGCAACAAAUGCGGAAAACUUACAACUUUGUUUCUUCAAGGUAACGAGCCAUUACUACACAUCUCAGAUGAAUUCUUCUUGUCUACUCCAAUGCUAGUUGUUUUGGAUAUAUCAUGGAACGGUCAGCUUGUAGAAUUGCCAGAGGAAAUAUGUGAGUUGGUCUCCUUACGAUACCUUGACAUAUCAUGCACAAACUUGAAGCAACUUCCUGCUGGUUUUAUAAAGUUAAGAAACCUGAUACACCUGGAUUUGGAAGGCACAAGGAACCUUGAGAGCAUCACCGGGAUAUCAAACUUGUCGAGUUUGAGGGUGCUGAAGCUAAAAGCAUCUGGAGUGUGGCUAGAUGUUAGCUUAUUGGAGGAGCUGCAAUGCUUGGAACAUUUACAAGUUUCCACCGGAUGUAUCAAGUCAAGUUUAGCUGCUGAGAAAAUGUUAUACGCUCCCAGGGUGGUGAAUGCUAUUCAAGAGAUACAUUUUAAAGACAUGAAGGAAGAAUCGUUCAGAAUACUGACUUUACCAACUAUGGUUAAUCUACGUAAGCUCGUCCUAUAUAGGUGUGAAAUGUUGGAGAUAAAUAUGGAGAGGACGACAUCAUGCAACACAAAUCAGACAAGUCCGUGCUUCCCAAACCUCACCUACGUGUAUAUAAGACAAUGUGAUGGUCUUAAGGAUUUGACGUGGCUAUUGUUCGCUCCUAACCUCACUACUCUUGAGGUUUGGUACUCACAUCAAAUAGAAGAUAUAAUAAGCAAAGAAAAAGCUUUGAGUAUGGUUGCAAAUGAGGCGGAUAUUACUAUUCCUUUUCAGAAACUAGAAAGGCUCUACUUGAUGGCUUUAAGAGGGCUAAAGAGCAUCUACUGGAAUCCUCUGCCUUUUCUGUGUCUAAAGGAAGUCGACGUAACAAGGUGUCGGAAUCUUAAGAAGCCUCCAGUGAGUUCUAUCCCCGGUACUGCAGGUAUAGACUUUGCUUUGGAGUAA